CAAUCUCCCCCCCAAUCCCGACCAUGGAGUCGCCGCCGCUCAAGCUCAACGUCGCCCGAGAUGAGGACAGGAUCAGCGAUCUCCCCGACGAACUCCUCCUCCGAAUCCUCGCGCGCCUCGACCUGCGUGACGCGGUCCGCGCCGGCGCAGCCUCCACGCGGUGGCGCCACCUCCCUCACCAGCUCUCGGUCCUGCUGCUCGGCGUCAGCCGCUUCCGCCGAGCCACGCUGGUCGAGAGCAUGGACGCCUUCGCGGCCGCUUUGCUCUCCGUAUGUCCUCCGGCCGAGCGCAGCUGCGAAUGCCAGCGCAGCCAUGCCAUCAAGGCGCUCGCCCUCUGCUUCUACCUGUCGGCCCCUCACCUCAGCUCCAUCGGCCGCGCCCUCGAGGAUGUCGUCAGCCGUGGCAAGACCAAAUGGAUCGAAUUUCGAAUAUCUCCACCGCCAGGGGACAACACUGCCCCGGAGCUCACCGAGUUCGGGCAGCAAUUCAUGUCCUUCUGCCGUGCCUACCAGGUCGCCUUCCGGUGGCUCACGAGUCUUACACUCGAAAACCUUGCAUUCGGGGACUCUGACGUCACCGACCUCAUUAGCAAUUGCGUUAAGCUUGAGAGCCUCGCCCUGAGAGCCUGCCGGAUGGUCAAUUUUGAGCACUCUGUGCUGAAGAUUGACACACCGUGUUCUGGGCUACAGGAGCUCAAUCUAGUGCACUUUGUGUGCAAGCGGAUUCAGCUCAUCUCCGUCCCUAAGCUUAGGCAAGCUUCGUGCCUUAUUUGGCGCUUCGAGAACCCUCCGGUGCGCCUUGACUAUGUUCCCGACCUUAGACAUGUGGCCAUCGCUUGUCUUCGGACUCAUCCCAAGGCGCCAUUCAAGCUGAGUGAGUGCCUGUCAAGAAGUGCACUGAACCUGUCUGAACUGCAUCUCAAUUUUUUCCACCAAAUGAUAUGGAUUCAGCCGGAACAUCCGAAGCAGCUCACUGCUAUAUUCAGAAAUCUGUCCAAUGCGUCCCUUUCUGGUAUCUUCCCUGAGUGUGAUCUGAGCUGGACUCUUUUUAUCCUUGAAGCUGCACCUGCCCUGCAGAAGUUUGGAUUAUCUCGAACUCGGCAUGCAUGUGCCAAUGCGUGGGACAAUAAUGCCGAGAAGACCAACGUGGUGUGGGACCCAUCGAAGGAUUUGAAGCACAUGAACUUGAAGUCGCUGAUGAUAGACGGGUUCGAGGAGGAAGACAAGGUGGCAGCCUAUAUAUGGCUAGUCGUGGAACAACAAGCUGUGGGGUUGAAGAGAAUCGAGUUGCGUGGUGAAGUCCCAUGCAAGGAAUGCGAUGCCAUUGACCCGAGGAGAUCCCAGGUGGAUGAAGCUCGCAGGCAUCGCUUCAAGGAGCGACUCACACAUGGAUCCUCCUCGUCCGUGCAGAUAAUAAUGCGCUGACUAAUAUGGUCAAGGAAUGCUAUGUCGUCUCACUGUUGCUGGAGUGAUGAUUGUGUAUGUGGCGCGCCCAGUAGUAAUUGAAAUUUCUAGGUACUGAACUACUGAUGCCUGAGAAUACUUGAUUGGUGUGGACCUCGCACUGUAGUACGUAGCUAAAUUAUGUGUGUACCGGAGUCUGGAUGCAUGCUUUUCUAUUUAUUUAGUACUUGCCUGCUCUAUGUUGAUAUGUUCACCUGCGGGAGGCAUCACUCAAAUUCCUUCACUCUUCUUAGGAAACCUUAUAUGUUUAUAGACCCGCCUUUCUGAAUUUGUGUUGUUAACAUCAACACUGACUGAAGCAGUUAAGGCUGACCAUGACGUGGUAGAGAAUUGCAUCUUGUCUGGAAAA